AUGGCCACACCAGCAUCUGAUGUCAGCUACCGCAUAGCGACAGACGCGGAUCUCCCACUUCUCGUCUCUUAUCGCGAAGAGUGCGGGUGGGGCAAAGAUGCCCUCCUCGCUGCCUGGACCGACCCAGACCGGGUGUACUGUGUGCUCACCGCGAACAUCGACGGGGAGACCACAGAUGUGGGAAUGGGAUGCUGGUAUCUGCAUCAGCCGGAUGACCUGGAGUUGGCAUGUCGGGAUACGGGUGUGAUACAUUUGGCUUCUCUGUUCAUACGACACGAAUUUCAAGGACGAAAGUUCGGAACGGCCGCCAUGGACCUCCUGGAACGCGGUGCGGUCGUCGAUUUCGGAGCAAAAAUCGUCACACUAGAUACUGUCGCCUACCUGGUUGUCAUGGACGAGACCAACACCUAUUGUGUGGAAGAUCCUACCAAACCUGGAAGAUCUCAAGCUUGGUACAAGUCUCGGGGCUAUGUACAAUUUAGAGAUCAUCGUCCACUGUUUCCUGAACCGUCGCCAAACGAUCCAGAACGCUUAUCCGAGGCGAUCAGGGAGCAGCAUGAGGAGGGAUCGGCGUGGUUGAAACCAAAAUGGGAUGCAGACGAGGAAUGUGGAGCGGCUCCGGGUGGGGCAGCGAAUAACCCUUCCCCUUCGACUUCACUCAACCAAUCAACCACCUCUCUCCACCGUCCCAUAGACGCCUCCCGCGUACCUCAAGAUGUAUGGGCCCGCAUCCUACUCUUCCUGCGCCGCCCAGUCCCCGAAGCCCUCUCACGUCCUCGAGACCGCUCCACUCUGCGCCAGCUCGACCUUUCACAUGCCCGGGGCGUCUGCAGGAUGUUCUGUAUGAUUGCUACACCACUCAUGUUCCGCGUCAUCGUGACGGACGAUUUCCCUUCCCUUAUCGGCGGCGUCGACUUCCCAUCCCCUACCUCUCCUCUUCGCUUCACUAAACGCCUUUACAUCGAGUACAGCGACAAGUCUACACCACCCUCGUACCUCGGUCUUAUGGGUGACUUCCCCUGGGCGGGCUGCGGAACCCUCAAUCCCGUCGAAGAGCAUGGAUUGAGGAUGGCAAACAGCAUGGCGGAGGUCAGGCGGUUGACGGCUGCCCUGCAGCGAGUACAUGCGGUGGGACUGGACGAGGUGAUGCCUCGGCUACGGACCGUUGCGGUAGCCUCGAUCUGGGGCAAAGAGAGCGCAGACUGGCAGCUCUACAAGCAACACAGACGCCAUGGGGAUGAAAAGGAGAUCAGGACGGAAUCCUGUGCCGAACUCUUCCAAGACGUUCUGGCGUGCUCUUGUGUCACCGCCCAAUGCAUUCGGGACAUCAGCGGACCUCUCAGCAUCUCCAAGAUCGCCACCGUAACUCCUUAUCACACUAUGCCCUCGGCGACCUAUCAUUUCGGCUCCCCCUACGGGCUACCUCACUCUGGACCGGGACCCCACGGCCCAGACGGCAUGUACUUCACGUCCGAGAUCGAGGAGCUUCCCCUGGUCCUCGGCGGGCGUGUGAGGUGGACGUCGGAACUGGGGGCAAAGGAAGACUUUGCGAGCUUGGCGAAUUGCGGAAAGCUGAGCGAUGAGCUCGUCGCUCGGCUCGGUCUCGUGCCCGCCGAGACCGAGGAUAACGAUGAGCAAAGAUUCCUCUUGACCCAGGAGCAGGAGCGACAGCUGGCGGACGCCCUGGGCACGGUCCUCACAGAUGAGCUCGAGAAGUAUGAGGGGAAGUACGAUGUUGUACGAACUAUCCGUCGACGGCUGCUCUGCGCUGAUGGCUGUCUAGGUGGCGGAGCGGAACGGAGACCCGGGCGAUUCUGCCGGCAACGUAGUAGCGUCAGCAUGUAG